AUGUCCGACUUCACCUUCGCCGUCGCAAAUGUCUACGGCCCUGCCGUGCACGCAAAUGCGGCUGAGUUCCUGAACUCGCUGCAGCACAUCCCGGAACGCACGAACCACGCGUGGGUGAUUGCCGGUGACUUCAACCUGAUCAGGUGGCCGUCCGAUAAAAACAAUGACGCUUUCAACCACUCCCUCAGCUCCCUAUUCAACCAAACCGUGGAUGCCUUGGCACUGGAUGAACUCCCACUCCUUGACCGGCGCUUCACUUGGUUGAACAGUAGAGAGGACCCAACUUUGGAACGCUUGGAUAGGAUCUUCUUUAACACCGAGAUGAGCUUCCUCUUCCCCAACUCCUCCAUCACCUCACAAUCGCGUGACAUAUCCGAUCACACGCCUCUCCUAGUCCACCUUUCCUCAAACAUCCCCAAAACCAACACUUUCCGGUUUGAAAAUGCUUGGCUCCUGCACUCGGACUUCCUGCCCUCGGUGCUCCCGGCUUGGCAUGAUGCGGUUUCUCCCGACGACACGGCUGGAGCACUGGCCGCAUCCCUUAAGGCGGUGCGUCGCAUGGCAAAGAUUUGGGCCUGGCGAGGCAAAGUCCGGGCGAUCAAAGAGGGUGACUGCAACACGAAGUUCUUCCACGCCAAUGCCAGUCACGGCCACCGUGCGAACCAAAUCAAGUCGAUCGAGGUGGAUGGGCAGGCGGUGACCGCCCACGACGCGAAGACGACGGCGCUCACGACACACUUCCAGAACACCCUAGGGACGGCCGGGGACGCCGUAUGGGGUUUCGACGUGGAGGCGCUGUACGACGACAGCAACACCAUCUCGACGGCGGCCCUGCUUGCGCCCUUCUCCUGCUCAGAGGCCCACGCCGCUAUCCGCGGCAUGAACGCGCACAGCGCGCCGGGCCCAGACGGCUUCGGCCCUAGCUUCUACAAGGCCGCGUGGUCCACGGUGCGACCGCGCCUCAUGGCGUUCCUGGAAGGCUUCCACAACCUGGACGUGGAGCUCGAGCGUAUCAACCGCUCAUACAUCGUCCUUAUCCCCAAGACGGCUGCGGUGGUGACCGUGAACGCGUUCCGGCCAAUCUGCCUCCAGAACUGCGACGUCAAGGUUGCAUCAAAGAUCCUCACCACACGGUUGCAGCGCGAGCUCCACCACCUCAUCGACCUGGACCAGACAGGCUUCUUACAAGGGCGAUCCAUAUCCGAAUCGUUCGUCUACGCCAUGGAACUUGUACAAUGCUGCCACAAAAGGAAGGUACCCACGCUUGUGCUCAAGCUAGACUUCUCCAAGGCUUUCGACACAGUUCUCAGGAGCAGUCUGCUGCGGAUCAUGCGCGCCUGGAUUCUCCAACUGCUCAGUACAUCCAAAUCUGCAGUGCUUGUGAAUGGCACGCCUGGGCCCUGGUUCACCUGCAGGAAGGGAUUGCGCCAAGGAGAUCGACUGUCCCCAUAUCUGUUCCUGCUUGUCGCGGAUGUCCUUCAACAGCUCAUCAAGAAAGACCCGACGAUCAAGCACCCCCUGUCCCCGGAUUGCCCAUGCCCAGUCAUGCAAUAUGCCGACGACACCUUGAUACUGGUGCGGGCAGACAUCGACUCUGUUCAGAGGCUGAAGGACAGUCUGGACAGCUUUGCACACGCAACCGGGCUGAAGAUCAACUUUCACAAAAGCACCCUAGUGCCGAUGGCCGUGAGCUCCUCCCUCCUGCAGCAAUGUGUCUCCAUACUUGGAUGCCGCAAGGAGCAAUUCCCUCAGUCAUAUCUUGGCCUCCCACUGUCGCACGAGAAGCUACGACUCUCCACCUUCUCCCCGAUGAUCAGCAGAGCAGACAAAUACUUGGCCGGGUGGAAAGCCUCACUGCUCAACACGAUGGGCCGCGCUGUGCUCGCCGACUCCGUUCUUGGCAACCUGCUCAUCUACGCCAUGGGGGCGAUGGAACUGCCGAAAGGUGUAAUUGGAGCCCUGGACACUAAACACAGAUCAUUCAUGUGGUCUGGCGGCGACAAGACCAACGGAGCCAAGUGCCUUGUCGCAUGGGACAAUGUCUGUGUUCCAAAGGAGAACGGCGGACUUGGCCUCAAGAAUCUGAGCGUCCAAAACCAAUGCUUACUCCUCAAGAUGAUCCAUCGCCUACACCAUCUAGGCCUCUCAUCAUGGGCGUGCUGGGUGCGCCCACGAAUCUGCCUCGCAACCCUGGAGGGAGACAUUCAGGGGCAACACUGGAACGCGCUCCGCAGCCUCCUACCGCUCUACCGCGCGGUCACCACGAUCCGGGUGGCCGACGGGGCUGCGACCUCCUUCUGGGAUGAUUCCUGGCUGGGUGAGGAGCCCCUUUCAGAACUCCUCCCGGCACUCCACAGUCAUGCAAUGAGGCCAAAUGCCUCGGUCAAGGACGCCCUGCUGCACGGCAUCGACACCCUCCUUCGACCAAGGCACACCAGGGCGGCUGCGGAGGAACGCGCCAAGUUGGAGCUGCUCCUCACACCGGUACGACUACGGCAUGGAGAUGACGUCCGGGUAUGUGCCUUCCAGAAAGCCGAUGGCCGCCUGGACACCUCAUCGCUAUACAAGGCACUCAUGGCCGCCCACACACCCCACACCGCCUGCUCCGACUUCGUCUGGAAGAAUCGGGCUCCCCCAAGGGUCCAAUUCUUUGUCUGGCUACUUGUGCAGCGUCGCGUUCACAGCCGCAGCAACCUCCUCAAGAAAACCUUCGUCACCGACGCAACGUGCGAGCUGUGUAGAAACCACCCCGAGACGGUGGACCACCUCAUCUUCGCCUGCCCGGUUGCUGCGUCGCUAUGGCAACACGUUGGCGUCGACCUGCCGCUGACCGUCGACGCGCUGCACUCCAUGGCGACCCCCAGCUCCAUCCUUGCAAAACACAACUCCGUGUUCAUCUUCCUGUGUUGCUGGAACAUCUGGAAACAUAGGAACCGGGUGGUGUUCGACGGAGUCGCUCCCUCGCUCCCGCUCCUCCUGAACUCAUGCCGUGAAGAUGCCAGAUUGUGGGCGUGGCGCCUGCCCAGGGAAGACAUGACGAUUGCUGAGUCCUGGUGUUCACUUUUUCUCCCAUACUUCUUCCAUGUGCAAUCCCUCGUGGUUCUCAGAUUCAACAUGAGCAUGACCAGCUUAACAUUAGCUUCAGCAGUGUGA